AUGAGUGCGUUGACCAAGAAUCUCAAUCUGGAGCCGGGACAGAUGCCUUCGAAAAUACAGCGGUCGAGUACCCUGGUCAAACUGACUCCGAUACUGGACGAUGAAGGUGUGCUGCGGAUGGGAGGAAGAUUCGAAAAAUCGGACGACAUCUCGUUCGACCAGAAGUUUCCGAUCAUUCUUGCUCGGCAGCACGACAUCACCAAGAAGUUGAUUCAGUGCUACCACGAAAGGUUCGGACAUGCGAAUCGAGAGACGGUUUGCAACGAGUUGCGUCAGAAGUUCUGGAUUCCGAAUAUCCGUGCAGCGAUUAUGGAAGUGAUGCGGGAGUGCAUGUGGUGCAAAGUCCAUAGAUGUCGUCCACAAGUACCAAUGAUGGCGCCUCUCCCGACUCGACGCAUCAGAGCAGGAAUUCGUCCUUUCAGUUCGGUCGGCUUAGACUACUUGAGACCAGUAGAUGUAUCGGUGGGAAGAAGAAAAGAGAAGCGAUGGGUGGCCGUGUUUACGUGUCUCGCCAUCAGAGCGGUGCAUCUCGAGGUGGUGAACAGCCUGACAACACAAUCGUGCUUGAUGGCCAUCCGCCGGUUUUCCUGUAAGCGGGGUGCUCCUGAUAUUAUAUUUUCAGAUAACGCCACUUGCUUUAAGGGUGCUAACAACGAGAUGCUGAAAACGUUACAUGGCGAUUGUGAGGAGGAAAUCACAACUGCAAGAACGGCCUGGCGAUUCAUUCCGCCUGGCACCCCGCACAUGGGUGGUGCAUGGGAGCGAAUGGUUCGUUCCGUGAAGGAGGCAAUGAAGGCAUUGGAAGAUGGAAGGAAGCUGACAGACGAGAUUCUGGUGACAACACUGGCGGAGGCAGAGGACAUGAUAAACACACGUCCUCUCACGUACAUGCCUCAGGCGUCUGCCGAAAAUGAAGCUCUGACACCGAACCAUUUUCUACGAGGAAUAGUAAAGGGCGCGGAUCUCCUAGUGGACAGCGGUGGGAAUCUAGCGGAGGCUUUGCGUGACGUGUACAAGCGAUCGCAGUACCUGGCAGACCGGAUGUGGGAACGUUGGAGCAAGGAAUAUUUGCCAACGAUAAACCGUCGCACAAAGUGGUAUGAUGAACGAAAGCCGCUGGAAGCAGGCGACCUUGUCUUCGUCGUGGAUGGUAAGGACCGGAAGAAUUGGUCUAGAGGAAUUGUCGAGGAGGUGGUUCAAGGGUCCGAUGGUCGGAUACGUGAAGCGAAAAUAAGGACUGCGACAGGGAUCCAUAGACGAGCCGUCGCGAAUCUGGCGGUGCUAGAAAUCAAGAAUGGUAAAUCCGGAUGUUCCGAGGAAAUACCGGAUGUUACGGGCUGGGGUGUCAACACCGCUGGGCACACUGGAGUUGACUCAAUGGACUAA